UCUACAAGUUCAAAAGUCCAAAGCUCUGGAGGAGGUUUGCUCUUUUUAAAUAUUUUUUCAGAGGUUAAAUAUUAAAUUUGAAAAAGCUAUCUGGGGUAGAGAAGUAUCACCAGUAGAGACGCCGACCCUGAAUGUCUCCAACAUGAAGUGUGCUCAUGUUACUCUGCUACUUUUGUGCUUCUACUUAAGUUUUUGCAAGGUUAAAGGCCAAAACACAAGAAAAUCGCAGGAGCCGAAGAAUGCAGAGGUAACUUCAACAUCAGGCAUAUCUCAAGAGGACCUGGUGGAUAAAAAGUGCUUAACGGAAAAAUUCACACAUUUCUCCUGCCAUAAAGUCUUCUGCCAACCAUGGCAGAAAUGCAUCGAUGGGACAUGUAUUUGUAAACUUCCUUAUCAGUGUCCAAAGAACGGUGCCCCUGUGUGCUUAGCCAACGGGAAAACCUACCCAACUUACUGCCAGCAAAAGAGUUUAGAAUGUCUUCGACCAGAGGCAAAGUUUUUACAUAAUGGAACAUGUACAACUAAUGGACAAUUUAAUGUUACCUUGAAGUAUGGCAAUAACUAUUCCGAGGGACUUGUUGAAGUAAAACUCGCAAACCAAGAUAAGAAAAUGUUCAUAUGCAAUGACAGCUGGAGCAUAACACAGGCCAAUGUGGCCUGCUUUGACCUGGGGUUUGAACAAGGUGCUCAUGAUACUCAAGGAAGUUUUCAUUUUCCUGAAGAUCUCCAUAUAAAUUCCACUGAAUGUCUGCAUGUGCGGUGUCAAGGAUUCGAGUCCCAUUUGACUGAAUGUACUUUUACCAAGAGAAAAACUGAGAGUUCCCAGGGUUUAGCCAGUGUGGUGUGUUACACACAGAAUGCAGUUCCUCCAACAAAUGACUCCUUUCAGUGUGUCAAUGGGAAGCACAUUCCACCGAGGAAGGCCUGUGAUGGGGUCAAUGACUGCGGGGACCAGAGUGAUGAGCUGUGCUGUAAAGGGUGCCAUGGCAAAAGUUUUCAUUGUAAAUCGGGUGUUUGCAUUCCAAACCAGUAUGUGUGCAAUGGUGAGGUGGACUGCAUCACAGGAGACGAUGAAGUUGGUUGUACAGGAGCUGGAAACCCUAAAUUGAAAGGCUUGUCACAUGUGGCUCAAGAAGAAACAGAAAUUUUGACGGCUAACAUGGAUACAGAAAGAAAACGGAUAAAAUCAUUGUUCCCUAAACUAUCCUGUGGAGUUAAAAACAGCGUGCCUACUCGAAGGAAACGAGUCGUUGGAGGAAAACCAGCAAGAGCGGGAGACUUCCCAUGGCAGAUAGCAAUUAGGGAAGAUGACAAAUUCAACUGUGGAGGCGUUUAUAUUGGUGGCUGCUGGAUCCUGACCGCUGCACACUGUGUCAGAGCCAGUAAAACUCACCGUUACCAAAUAUGGAUGUCAUUGUUAGACUGGAUAAAACCUAAUGCUGAGAUAGUUGUUCAGAUGGUCAAUAAAAUUAUUAUCCACGAAAACUACAAUGGAGCCACCUACCAAAACGACAUAGCUUUGAUUGAGAUGAAAAAACAUGCAAGGCAACGUGACUGUGUGCUGCCGUCCAUAAUCCCUGCCUGUGUCCCCUGGUCUCCAUAUUUAUUCCAACCUAAUGAUAAAUGCAUCAUCUCUGGCUGGGGUCGAGAAAAAGAUAAUGCAAAAGUCUAUUCACUUCGUUGGGGUGAAGUUCGCCUAAUGUCUAACUGCUCUAAGUUUUACCCAGGUCGCUACUUUGAAAAAGAAAUGGAAUGUGCAGGUACAGAUGAUGGUUCCAUUGAUGCCUGUAAAGGGGACUCUGGAGGCCCCUUAGUCUGUAAUGAUGCCAACAAUGUGACUUAUGUUUGGGGUGUUGUGAGCUGGGGUGAGAACUGUGGAAAACGAGAGUUCCCAGGCGUUUACACCAAAGUGGCCAAUUAUUUUGACUGGAUUAGCUAUCAUGUGGGAAGGUCUCUUAUUUCUCAGUACAAUAUAUAAAACUCUCUUUUUCCUACUUUUUUCUCUCAGCACCUCCAUUUUAAUUGAAAUGACACUGCAUAAUUUGUACUUCUCCAGAAAAUAAUAAAACAAAUUUUACUGGACAUUUUUAAAGGUCUCUGUAAAGUCUAUGCCAUAUUGGAAUUUUGCUGUAUAAUCCUCAGAUAAAUGUUUUAGUCAACCACACGUGUUUUGUGUAUUAGAAAUGUGAUUAGGUUAUCUCUUCAUAGUAGAGUGAUAUAUUAAGAAUACUAAAGGUAUAGCUAGUUGAGUGACACAGGAGUCACAUAAGCCUACUUUCCAACCUUAAUUCUACCACCUACUAAUUACUUGCGUGUGAGCAAUAUAUUAUCUACUCUGUGUCUCAUUUUCCAUCUUUAAAAUGAAAACUGGAAUUUUGAGAAAAUAAAACUACAUAUUGAAAUAAAAUGUUCUGUAUAGUACCUGUCACAGUGAAAUAACUGA